AAGCUGAGACGGCUCAGGGCCCAGCCCCGAGAAAGCACAGGCCCCCAGGACCCCUGGGGAAAGGGUCCUGCUGGGCCAGCCCUCCAGGGACCAUGGGAUCCACAGCCGAAGGGGGUCCCCCUGCCCUGUUUGAUUGGUUCUUCGAAGCAGCCUACCCUGCCUCCCUGCAGGAAGAUCCCCCCAUCCUGCGGCAGUUCCCCCCAGACUUCCAGGACCAGGAAUCUAUGCAGAUGGUGCCUAAAUUCUGCUUCCCUUUUGAUGUGGAAAGGGAGCCCCCCAGCACCGCCGUGCAGCAUUUCACCUUCGCGCUCACGGAUCUGACCGGCACUCGAAGGUUUGGUUUCUGCCGCCUGCGGGCUGGUGCUCUCAGCUGUGUCUGUAUCCUCAGCCACCUGCCUUGGUUUGAGGUGUUCUACAAGGUGCUGAACACAGUGGGGGACCUCCUGGCCCAAGACCAAGUCUCAGAGGUGGAUGAACUUCUUCUGAAUCUGCUGCAGCAGCCCCUUCCUGGGACCCAGGCAUCAUUAGGUCUAGAGCUGGGCAGUGGACUGAAGAUUGCCAGUGCACAAGGCCUGCAGCCCCCUGUCCCUGGGAAGAACAUGUCGCUGUCCUGCUUCGUGGCCCCCGACUCCGGCCGCCUGCCAUCCAUUCCUGAGAACAGGAACCUAACGGAGCUGGUGGUGGCGGUGACCGACGAGAACAUCGUGGGACUGUUCGCCGCCCUCUUGGCAGAGCGAAGGGUCCUGCUCACGUCUAGCAAACUGAGCACACUGACCUCCUGUGUCCACGCGUCCUGCGCUCUCCUGUAUCCCAUGCACUGGGAGCACGUGCUGAUUCCCACGCUGCCGCCGCAUUUACUGGACUACUGCUGCGCGCCUAUGCCCUACCUCAUCGGAGUGCAUGCCAGUCUCGCUGAGAGAGUGCGGGAGAAAGCCCUGGAGGACGUCGUGAUGAUGAACUUGGACUCCAAUACUUUGGAGACACCUUUCGACGACGUGCAGGCCCUGCCCCCAGACGUGGUGUCUCUACUGAGGCUGCGGCUAAGGAAGGUCGCGCUGGCCCCUGGGGAAGGGGUGUCCCGUCUCUUCCUCAAAGCCCAGGCCCUGCUCUUCGGAGGGUACCGCGAUGCCCUCGUCUGCAGCCCGGGCCAGCCUGUCACCUUCAGUGAAGAAGCCUUCUUGGCCCAGAAACCUGGGGCGCCGCUGCAGGCCUUCCACCGGCGGGCUGUCCACCUGCAGCUAUUCAAACAGUUCAUCGAAGGCCGACUGGAGAAGCUGAACACAGGUGAAGGCUUCUCAGACCUCUUCGAGCAGGAGAUCACUUGUAGUGGGGCCUCCUCAGGGACACUCCGCUCCUACCAGCUUUGGGCAGACAACCUGAAGAAAGGGGGUGGUGCCCUUCUGCACUCCGUCAAGGCCAAGACCCAACCAGCUGUCAGGAACAUGUACCGCUCGGCGAAGAGCGGCUUGAAGGGUGUGCAGAGUCUUCUCAUGUACAAGGAAGGGGACUCUGGCCUGCAGAGAGGGGGCUCCUUGAGGGCCCCUUCUCUCACCAGCCGCUCAGAUCGCCUGCAGCAGCGCCUGCCUAUCACCCAGCACUUUGGACAGAACCGGCCCCUUCGCCCUAGGAGUCGUCCUAGCAGGAGACUCAGGCUGGAAGAGAAACCUUCUGAGUCCCUGGAAGAGAGGACACCCCCCCUGAGCCCAGAGGAUGCUCAGGACCCAUGGGCAGAGGAAGCGCUAGACGGCAGCUUCCUGGGGUCUGGAGAAGAACUGGAUCUGCUAAGUGAGAUAUUGGACAGCCUGAGCACGAGAGCCAUGCGGACCAGUAGCCUGCGGCCCAGCCAGAGUUUAGACUGCUGCCACAGAGAAGACUUGGACAGCUGCCUCAGCCUGGUGAGACCCCCACUCCCUGGCCCCCAAGUCCUUCCCCAUUUGUCCAUCCAACCUGCCAGCACCUGCUUCAUCCAAAAGCCAGCAACCUGCCCAUCUCCCGUCCCCACCCAGCCUGACAUACCGGGAAGAUCAAGUUGGCAAGCGGAUGACGACAAACUGCCAGAGCCCCAGUCCCUGUCCCUGCUGCCUCUGCACAACCCCCAGCCUUCAGAUGCCACAAGCUCCGGGAAGCACCCCACUUGCCAACUGCCCUCAGAGGCCAGCCCAGAAAUCGAGUCUCCAUCCCAGUCUUUGACAGUUUCUGCAGACCCCAGCAGCAAAGAGGACCCUGGAUCGUCUCCCACAGAGCCCCAGCCUCUCCGCUUCUCCCCUCCCCAUGAAGCAACUGAAGAAUCCACAGCCCAGGAGGACCCCUGCUCCCAGCUCUUGGCAGCACCCAGCCAGCCCAGCCCUCCAGAAAGCCCCCAACCUGAGCCCAACUUGGGUGUUACCUGGACAUCCCAAGCCCUUGAUUCUUUCUCGGAUCCGGGUUCUCCAGAGAACCCCAGAGCCUCACCUUCAGAGGGCCUGCUCGCAGUUCACCUCCAGCCCCUCGAGGAGCCAGAAGCCCCCAGGUCACCAGCUGCACCUGCAAGCAACUGGCAGGAACCCCAGGCCAGGAGCGGACCCAGAGUCGCUGAGCUUAAAAAGUGUUUUGAAGUUUAAGGACCAAGGGUCUGGGAGAGACUCUGGCCCCUUGUUAAUAAAGCCUCAAGAGCCCAAA